AAACUGCUUCUGGACAUAUGUUGCGGAAUGCAGGCUUCCAGCGCUCUGUUCGGCGUUUCGUGGCUUGCGUCAGUCUGUUGCCUUCUUUGCCUUCCUGCACGUAGUCCGCCUACUGCGCAAAACAACGCAUCUAGGCUGAACCUGCCGCCAAGAGAGGUCCUCCUUCCACUAGGGCGAUUUGCCUUGUUUGAGCCUCGAAGGUAUAUGGCUGCCUCGUCUCACCAUAAUCGCGUGGUCUCUGGCUUUCGACCUCUUGUUUCCUCGCAAACCAGUAACAUUUUGCACUAUCCCAGACCAUUCGAUCUUUGUUCUAGCCUCGCAUUUCUCUCGCAUCAUCUGUCUCGUCUCCUUUGCAUUCAAUCAACUGAUGGACGAUCUAUCGUACACCACCGGCCAGCUCAACGGUUAUGGCUUUCCAACCGGUGAUGGGGGCCUCAGGAACGACAUGGCACAUCCCUAUCACAACAAUACCUAUACGCAACAAAGCCCUACAAGCCAAGCCGUCUUCUCGCCAAUAGACGAUUCACGUCAUGAUUCUGUAUACUCGUUGUCGCCGUCGCAGUCGUGGCGACUCUCAAUUGUGCAGCAGCACAAGGCUGCGUUCCAGCCUGAUGCAGCACGACUGACCCCGCACGUCAACACCGCCCAACACCAGUCGGAAGACAUGUCUCGCGAGGCCUCGCGUGCAUCCUACCAGUCUUCGAUGUCUUCCGGUCAGCAGUUCCAAGGAAGUCAGCAACUUCUCCCAUCGUACCACAACGACUUCACGUCAAGCAGUAAUGACAUGCGACGCACAGUGUCAAUACACCCUGACACGUCAGCUCUGCAGAAUCAGCAUUUCAGAGCUUAUCCUGUCCAACACCAGAUGUACACCAACCACUUCAGUUCGGAUUCGAACAAUGUGUACCCGUCAGCCUUCUCGACUUUGCUUCCGCAUAACCCCCUCAGCCCACAACUGGACGAUUCGGUCAUCGACUCGCACUUGAACGACGCAGUCGAUCUUAACUUACCGAAUAUUGGUGCCCAUGUCUUUGGUCCUGGGCCGUUAGAUAUAGUCCUGCUCGUCCGAGCAUUCGAGUGGGCUUUAUAUCAUUCCGGUCAGAUUCAAGGAGUCGCGCAUCAUGCCGGUUCAGGAUCUUAUUUCUGGUCCAUCUCCUGCCGUUGGAAUGUACGAAACUUCCUGGUGACCUUCUUAGUCGAUCGAAUACCUCCUUACUCUAGCAUAUGUACUGCCAGAUCAGAUCCACGGCCUACACCAGGACGCCCACGGUACAUUUCGUCUCAUGACCAGUCUGCCAAUUGAUUCUAUUACAUCACAAGGUACUCGACCAGGGAUGCACUUUCUUGGAAACUCCAAUUGCAGCCAUCAUUCCGUAUCGGAUAUUGAAUGCCGAGGAUGGGAACACGACGAUUUCCAGGACCAUCACGAUAUAUGCCACCCUCAAAGCCCACACAAUAUCACGA